UACAGCUGUUUCACGUUGCUAAUAUUCUGCGCAGGAAGAUUGUUAUCCACGAUUUUACAUGCAGCAGGGCACAGUGAUGCAAACACAAGCUCGCUGGAGGAAAAUAAAGGGAUUCUUGUGUGAGCAGCUGCCUUUUGGAUAGUAAAAAAAGAAGAAGGCCCCUGUUUCUCUCUUCUUCGCAACACUAUGCGGAGGCUUAACGACACCGACACUGUGCGUUUAUAAGGACUGUUUAAUGGACGAAGGAGACGUUGAGAGGCUGAGGAGGUAGUCAGGACAACAGCUGAGGAGAGAGGAGCGAUAGCAACCUAGCUCUCGUACAACAGCCUCGGUCAUCAUGGCUACGAAUGGUAACAACGAACCGCCUGGGAUGGGAGAGAUCAUCCAGUUAAACGUCGGUGGGACAAGGUAAGCUCCGUGAACAGGACAAGCCCGACAGAUGAUGCUGAUGGUCAUCAUUGAUGAUAUCUGCAUGGCCAAGCAGCCAUGGAUGUAGCUGAAGUAGAUAACAAGGUUCAGCACCUCCAGACAGACUCUGAUGUGGAUCCCAGACUCCUUCUUCUCAAGUUUGCUGAGUGGAAGGAUAUCCACUCUUCGGGAUGAAACCGGAGCCAUAUUUAUUGACAGAGACCCCACAGCUUUCGCACCAAUUUUGAAUUUCCUCCGAACCAAAGAAUUGGACCUGCGGGGUGUCAAUAUCAGCGUCCUGCGACAUGAAGCAGAGUUUUACGGGAUAACUCCUUUAGUACGGCGCCUGCUGCUGUGUGAGGAACUGGACCGCUCAUCGUGUGGUAGCGUUCUCUUCCAUGGUUACCUGCCGCCCCCAGCCAUCCCUGCCCGUAAGCCAAUUCCUGCCUCCGCAGUCUCUGGCCCCUCCUCUGACGAGCGGCCGGGUCCAAGCGGAGCCGAGGGCUUCACCCGGAUUGGUCCCCCUCCUCACCCGUCCCUCUCUGGCUCACCUGGAACAGACGACAACCACAAACUGGGUCCUGUGGUUGACCCCAGGAAGGUGCUGAUUAUAGCGGGACACCACAACUGGAUUGUAGCAGCGUACGCACACUUUGUCAUCUGCUACAGGAUAAAAGAAUCGUCUGGAUGGCAGCAGGUGUUUUCCUCCCCCUACCUUGACUGGACUAUUGAACGCGUCGCGCUUAACGCCAAGGUGGUGGGUGGCCCGCAUGGAGACAAGGAUAAGAUGGUGGCCGCCGCCUCUGAAAGCAACAUCAUCCUCUGGAGCAUCCAAGAUGGAGGCAGUGGAAACGAGAUAGGUGUGUUCAGUCUCGGUGUACCUGUGGACGAUCUCUUCUUCAUCGGAAACCAGCUGGUGGCUACAAGCCAUACAGGGAAGGUCGGGGUGUGGAAUGCCGUCACACAGCACUGGCAGGUUCAAGAUGUGGUUCCUAUAACCAGUUGUGACACAGCAGGAUCCUUCCUCCUACUGGGCUGCAACAAUGGGUCCAUCUACUACAUAGACAUGCAAAAGUUUCCACUGAGGAUGAAGGACAAUGAUCUUCUAGUGACAGAGCUUUAUCACGACCCUUCAAAUGAUGCCAUCACUGCACUGUCUGUCUACCUCACACCUAAAACCAGUGUGAGCGGGAACUGGAUAGAGAUAGCCUACGGGACGAGCAGCGGUGCAGUGAGAGUGAUCGUGCAACACCCGGAGACGGUGGGAUCGGGCCCCCAGCUCUUUCAGACAUUCACUGUGCACAGGAGCCCGGUGACAAAGAUCAUGCUGUCUGAGAAACAUCUGGUAUCAGUGUGUGCGGACAACAACCACGUUCGGACGUGGACGGUGACCCGGUUUAGAGGGAUGAUCUCCACCCAGCCAGGCUCCACCCCUCUGGCGUCCUUCAAAAUACUGUCCCUGGAGGAAACGGAGAGCCACGGGAGCUACGGCUCUGGGAAUGAUAUUGGUCCAUUUGGAGAGAGAGACGAUCAGCAGGUUUUCAUACAGAAGGUGAUCCCCAUCACCAAUAAACUGUUUGUGAGGCUCUCAUCUACUGGAAAGAGGAUCUGUGAGGUGCAGUCAGUGGAUGUGACCACCAUCUCUUGCUUCAUGGUGCGGGAGUGUGAGGGUUCGAGCCGGAUGGGGUCGCGACCUCGGCGCUAUCUGUUCACCGGACACGGCAACGGCAGCAUCCAAAUGUGGGACCUGACCACUGCGAUGGACAACGCUAACAAAGGAGAGGAGAGGAAGACAGAGGAAGUGGGUGGGCCUUCAGAGGAGGAGCUGCUGCAGCUGUUGGACCAGUGCGACCUGAGCACCUCCCGCUGUGCUACACCAAACAUUAGCCCCGCCCCCUCCGUGCUGCACCACACACGCCUCAGAGAGUCCUGCUCAAGUCUGCAGUUACAGGCCCAAGAGCCCAUUCCUGAGAGCCAGGCUACUUACGGAGCAGUGCGGCCCUACAGAGAGAGCCCCCUGCUGGCCCGCGCUCGACGAACCGAGUCCUUCCACAGCUACAGAGACUUCCAGAACUUCAGCCUGAGUCGAGGUUUACUGGACAGCACCGGUCAGACGUCCACACAGGGCCCAAGCCUCGACGUCCGCCGUUCGCUCUGUGACUUUGGGCCUGAGGACAGCGAGAGGAGAGCCACAGCUAUGGAGUUCUGGGCCUGCCGAACAGCCGGUUCGAGCUCUAACACAAUCAUCGGAGGUAUGACGACCGCUGGUGUCUCCGGGGCGAAGACAGAAGGCGGUCAAGAGUCGCCACGGCAACCUCCUGACAGCCCAAUUCCCGGAGGCGACGUUAGGCGGAAGGUGCACCCACAAACAGAGGAGGGAGAGGGAUCAGGAUCAGGAUCAGGAUCAGGGGGAGAGGGGGCGAAGGUGGAGGGAGGUGUGAGGAAGAGGGGAGUACUUGACGGAGGCUUUCUGGGGAGAAAGAGGGCUCCGCCAGUCCCCUUCCUAUCCUCCCUCCCGUCUGGAUCUGAUGGUGGUGGCAGCGACUCAUCUUCCAAUGCCUCCCCCUCCCCGACCAAACUGUCUUCCUCCACCUCACCGCGACACAGGAAGCUGGCCCCUGAGCCGUCCAAUCAGGACAGCAGCCUGUGACACCACCCUUUUCUUUUGAUCCAAAUCAGAGGAACAUGUGGGAGAUGAGUUCUGGGUAUCGCAGCUGAGGAGGAAUGUUGCUUUCUGAGGUGUCGUUCAUGAUGUAACUGGAUGAAGGACCUCCUUCUUUUGGGACUCCACAUCAGACACUACCAUGCUUUAAUGAGUCUGUAUCUCAGGACGAGUCUCCUUUACUCGCUGAAAGACUUUUAUUUAAACCAUACACCUUUUCUUAAUUUAAGUCAGUGGAAUCUAUCUGACACGACGAAGCAGUUACAUCCAAACAGCAUGCCAUCUCAACCAGGGCAGGAGUGCAUUUCAUUUUGGAUCUGUUAAGGGAUUUCAAGUUUUAUCACACUUGUAAAAUCUGCUGGGUACAACUGGAGCUCCUCCUAUCUCUGUUUGCACUUUCUGGCACAAAUCUGAUUGCAAUUUUCCAGCUAAGUUAGUCCUGGAGAAGUGCGGAAAUCAGUUUCUCUCCCAAUGUUGUUGUCGUUGUGUCGAUGUCGUUCACUCUACAUCUUAACAAACAUACAGUAACUACAGGAACAUGCAAUAGUCUGUCUGGCCAAGUGUUGUCAAGGGCGUAUUGUUGCUGCCUGUUUGGUUGAAGCACAAGCAAGUGUUAGGCCACUGAUGUGUAGAUUGAAUCAUUCAAUCAUCAAGGUUCAGGCGAAUGAAAAUGAAACAAAAACAAGCACAGUGCUAGUAAUAGAAUGAGGGUUUCAAACACCAUCUAAGGAACGCUUUAUCUUGAGAGACCUUUAAACAGAUAAUGGAAGCAAAAUGGAAUUAACAAAGGCACAGUUUGUACUUUUAUCAGAUAUUUAAAGUGUUUUUAUUGACUUAUACUCUGGUGCAAAUGACUUAGUUCAGAACCUGACACAUAUCAUUCAAGAUUACGCAAAAAACAUCUGAUUUCGAAGAGAAAACUAACAACUAACAAUUACUUUCAUUAUCAGAAACCUUUUAAAUAACGCAUCACAAAAAUGAUCAAAUUACAAUUAUAUAAAAAAUAGGAAAAAAAGAUGAAAAUCCGUACAUUUGAGACUCUGAAACCAGCAGAUGUUUGCUAUUUUUGUCAAUUACAUUUUUGGUGAUUGACCAAACAAUUAAAGGGCCAGUGUGUAGGUACGGUGGCUGAUGCAAAACGCGAAUGGCCCUCUCUAGAGCCAGUGUUUGGUUUGUCUGUUAGGGGCUACUAAUGAAACAUAGCGGUGCAAUAUGGCAGCUGGCUCCAUGAAGAGAGGACAUUCACAGUAUGUAGAUAUAAACAGAUCAUUCUAAGGUAAAAAAGGAACUAGGAAAACUCAAUGAUUCUUAUUUUCAGGUGCUUAUACACUAAAGAAAACAUACUUAAUAUUAUAUUCCAUUUCUGCCAAUAGAAAUGCUACACACUGUUCCUUUAAUUGACUAACUGUUUCAGCAUUUCAAAUUUGUCAAAAGGAUAAGGCCCCUUUCGAAAACUAAGGAUGAUGUUGGGUGUCUGUGACAAUAUGUGCAAUCUGUCCUUCAGUGAAUUUUUACUUAAACGUACCUUAAAAAUGUUUCCCUAGCCUGAACCUUGGCAGCUACUUGAACCCUAAUGUGUAUCCACUUUGCUGCAGCCAGAGACACAAUGGACACAAAAAGACAACAGUCAACAAGCAGUUAAGUCAUUUCACGGCUCCAACACGCAGUAAAACCUUCCUGGGUUUGUUGUUUGACGGCUCAACGACUCAACUAUGCAACAGUGGAGUUAAGAUGCCGAAGAGCUAAACUAACACUCUGAUUUCCACAUGUAGGCUUCAGGAUUGCUUAAUAGUGAUGAUGUGUUACACACUGUUGUUUGCCUGCAGCAACAUUGAAUCCUCAUGUGAGCAGGUGCGUGUUUUUCACUACUGCUGGCCACCUGAAAUUUUAUUUUACAAGUUCCACACCAAUUGCAUUAUUAACGUAUACCAACAGUAGCAUAUCAGCCUCCCUGCUCCUCAACGCAGCUAAAAGAAAACCGGAAACUGUUGUGUGCAACAUGUGACAUGCAGUGUAUUGACCUUUCACUGCAGACAUUUUGACUCCUUAUAGCAGGAAAAGCUCAGGUGAAACAAAUUACAUUAGUGAUGGUUCGUUUCCAUGAAGUGUCCCAGUGAGCCAUGACGUCGUUUUUAUCUAUCACACCUUUGCUUUUCCUGCUGUGGCAGGCCAAAAUGUCUGCCACGUCAUCCAACGCAGCAAUUAAUGUUUUGUGGUACAUACGGUAUAUGACCUUUUCCUUGAUAUCUAAACGGAGAGAAAUAAUUUGGUACACUUCUUUUUUCACUGUUUACACAGCUAGAAAAGGUAACGCUAAAUUUUCACAGUGGUGCCUGUGCAAGAUCACACUAAUUAUUAUUUAUAUUUUAUUUUUUUACAGUAUCACAAUAUAACUACACUCAACUCAAUAGAAGGACCUGGUACACUACAUCACUUUACUCCUGCUGAAACAGAUUUUAAUGUGUCUUGUUGUUGUUUUGGAUGACUGUUGCAGUGCCUUAUUUAACUUGUUUGACGGUUAUCAGCCUGUUUGUGUGUUUUCAUCGAAACGGAUUCUGACCAAAGGCUUGUGAAGACUGUGGAGCCAUGUAACGGACCUGACUGAGGGGUCAGUUGAAUCGAUGGGCAUCACAGUGCAUAUUAAAUUAUCAUCAUCUAUUGUAAACUGUACAUAAUCCUGACAUAGAUGAAAACUGGAAAGUCCAUAUUGGUUAUGAUGAUAUAGUUGUGAAGGCUUAAAAUGACAGCUGAAACGUGAAAUGGCAGCAACCUUAAUUAGUUAUUUUGUGAGCUAAACCUGCUUCUUUUUACUGCUUUAUCACCUCUGAGAUUUCCACUAGCUGUUUGUUUGAGAAGAAACCAGGCCAGCUCUUGAUCUACGGUACUUUUUUUGUAAUAAUUGUGGGGACAACUGUAAAAAUUUGGAAAGAAUGUCCUGAAAAGUUAAUUAUAAUUUGCCAAAUCCAGCAGCUAUAUAACCUCUUUUAAGUCGCAUAUCAUUGCAACAUUAACAGAUGACCACGUGGUCACUGCCUGUACAAAAUAUGUAAAUUUUUAUACACUAAUUAUCUGUAUGAAAAGUAGACAUACAUAUUCAAAACAAAAUCCUAAUGUGGAUGCAUUGAUGUGUGUUAUGGCGUGUCGAUACUUAACACUGUUGUUCAUUACAUAUUGUUGAUAAUCAUAUAAUGCCUAUAUUGAUAUUACCAUGCUAUUGGACCUAACUGCAUUUGCACUUGCACUAUUAAGACUAAUAUUAGAGUAAAUUGCUAGUGUUUAUUUUAUAUAUAAAUAUAUAUAUAUAAGUUUAAAGUGUAUUUCAGCACAUACGUGUCUGUCUGUCCGUCAGUUCCUCUCUGGCUAUGUUUACAUUAUAUUACAGCCAGAUUAUAGUGAGCUAAAAGGAAUACAUAUCUGUUUGUUUUAAACUGCCCUUUACAUCAUUGUCUUACAUUGUGUAUGUUAGAAAUGCUGCUGAAAUUAUGUUGUAAUAUUAUAUUUUACAGUGCUGACCCAUGAUCAACAACAUUGACCAUGUCAGAGCCUCAAUGUUCAUGCAAUUUAAUGAACUGUGUUCACUAAAACCUCUCAAAACUG